GGACCUAAAGAGCAGAUCUCCUCAUUUGUUGACUACCUUAUUCAGCCAAUAGCACAACUCCAAGCUUAUUUACUUCAUCGAGAGGAUUAAACUGCCUAAAAGUGCCAUACUUGUUUCAAUAGACGUCACAAGCCUAUACACAAACAUACCACAACGAGAGGGUAUUACCACUGUAUGCUAUGCAUACGAAGAAUUUCAGCAAGGAAACACUCCAGUCCCUAUCAGGUUUUUAAGCGAAAUGCUUAGUCUGAUAGUACUAGAAAACUCGAUCCAAUUUAACGAGAUCUAGAAAGAUUAUCUUCAAACCCAUGAAACGGCCAUGGGCACGAAAAUGGCCGUAGCCUUUCCUAACAUCUUCAUGGCGAAAACAGAAAAAGAAAUACUCAGACAGAGCAGCAUUAAGCCCAUCUUCUGGAAAAGGUUUAUCGAUGACGUCAUAUCAGUAUGGGACACAAGCAGAAACGAAAUAGAAGAAUUCCUUCUAAAGGCAAACAACUUCGAACUCCAUCCUACAAUCAAAUUCACAACAGAAAUAUCAGAAACAGAAACUACAUUUUUGGACACGAAAGUGUACAAAGGUGUUAGAUUCAACAAGGAUUCUAUCCUUAACGUGCGAACACACUUCAAGCCUACCGAGAAAUUCCAAUAGACGAAUUUCUAUUCGUGUCACCCACCAGGCGUCACAAAAAGGCUUCAUCAAAGAGAUUAGCUUUAAGGCUUCUAAGAACAAAUCCUCUGAAAUCACUUUUGAAGAGAACAUGAGGAUUUUUUUCAACACGCCUCAAGAAUAGAGAUUACCCAGCUACAACUGUGAAAAACAUCUCUCAGAGGUCAUUUUCGCAAACAGAAAGAAAGCACUAGAACAGAGAAACAAAAAUGCACGUAAGAAAAUACUACCCUUUAAUACCCUGCAAUACCACCUUGCGUUGCCCAACCUCAAGAACAUACUCAUGGGGAAAUGUAACCUGAGAUCAGGCGUUAUUUUUUCUUUUGCUUCUUUGCUUCUUUGGCUCGAGAGGAAACACAGAUUACAGAGGUAAAGGGAGGGGGCAUGAUCGCAGGCUAGGGAAAUGGCACCUUAUACAGAACCAACCAUACCUGAGAAACAUCUUUAAGGAGCCUCCCUCAUUUCAUAUCGAAAGGAAAAUCCUAAAAAGACACUCUCGAAAGAGCUAAAAUAUAAAGGUGUUAAGAAAAGUCUAUUUCCGAACUGCAGGAGUCGUGCAGGCCCGUCAACACUUUUAAACUCUGUUCAUUUUCAGGUAUUUAGUAUUCUGUUUCAAAAUAAUUUUAGGUAUUUAGUAUCACACAUUUGACGAUUUUGAGGUAUAUUCAGGCCCGGCCAGGGGGGGUAGUGGGAUACCAAUAUACCCGCUAUUUUGCCCCCAAGAUACCAAUAUACCUCAAAAUCGUCAAAUGUGUGAUACUAAAUACCUAAAAUUAUUUUGAAACAGAAUACUAAAUACCUGAAAAUGAACAGAGUUUAAAAGUGUUGACGGGCCUGCACGACUCCUGCAGUUCGGAAAUAGACUUUUCUUAACACCUUUAUAUUUUAGCUCUUUCGAGAGUGUCUUUUAGGGAUUUUCCUUUCGAUAUGAAAUGAGGGGAGGCUCCUUAAAGAUGUUUCUCAGGUAUGGUUGGUUCUGUAUAAGGUGCCAUUUCCCCUAGCCUGCGAUCAUGCCCCUCUCCCUUUACCUCUGUAAUCUGUGUUUCCCUCUCGAGCCAAAGAAGCAAAGAAGCAAAAGAAAAAAAUAACGCCUGAUCUCAGGUUACAUUUCCCCAUGAGUAUGUUCUUGAGGUUGGGCAACGCAAGGUGGUAUUGCAGGGUAUUAAAGGGUAGUAUUUUCUUACGUGCAUUUUUGUUUCUCUGUUCUAGUGCUUUCUUUCUGUUUGCGAAAAUGACCUCUGAGAGAUGUUUUUCUACAGUUGUAGCUGGGUAAUCUCUAUUCUUGAGGCGUGUUGAAAAAAAUUCCUCAUGUUCUCUUCAAAAGUGAUUUCAGAGGGAUUUGUUCUUAGAAGCCUUAAAGCUAAUCUCUUUUGAUGAAGCCUUUUGUGACGCCUGGUGGGUGACACGAAUAGAAAUUCGUCUAUUGGAAUUUCUCGGUAGGCUUGAAGUGUGUUCGCACGUUAAGGAUAGAAUCCUUGUUGAAUCUAACACCUUUGUACACUUUCGUGUCCAAAAAUGUAGUUUCUGUUUCUGAUAUUUCUGUUGUGAAUUUGAUUGUAGGAUGGAGUUCGAAGUUGUUUGCCUUUAGAAGGAAUUCUUCUAUUUCGUUUCUGCUUGUGUCCCAUACUGAUAUGACGUCAUCGAUAAACCUUUUCCAGAAGAUGGGCUUAAUGCUGCUCUGUCUGAGUAUUUCUUUUUCUGUUUUCGCCAUGAAGAUGUUAGGAAAGGCUACGGCCAUUUUCGUGCCCAUGGCCGUUUCAUGGGUUUGAAGAUAAUCUUUCUAGAUCUCGUUAAAUUGGAUCGAGUUUUCUAGUACUAUCAGACUAAGCAUUUCGCUUAAAAACCUGAUAGGGACUGGAGUGUUUCCUUGAAAUUCUUCGUAUGCAUAGCAUACAGUGGUAAUACCCUCUUGUUGUGGUAUGUUUGUGUAUAGGCUUGUGACGUCUAUUGAAACAAGUAUGGCACUUUUAGGCAGUUUAAUCCUCUCGAUGAAGUAAAUAAGCUUGGAGUUGUGCUAUUGGCUGAAUAAGGUAGUCAACAAAUGAGGAGAUCUGCUCUUUAGGUCCGGAACACCCUGAGAUAAUAGGUCUUCCGACAGAUGUCGGUUUGUGGAUUCUAGUAAGUGUGUAAAACACUGGGAAUCGCGGAGGAUCAGGCGUAAGGGAGAACCAUUUAGCCGUCGUUUUAUCAAUGUGGCCUUCUGAGAGCAGUGUUUUAAUAAGUUGUCGAGCUUUUUUGGUGGUAGUUUCAACCACUGGUUUGUCUAGAGGUCGGUAGUUAUUUAAAUCAUUAAGUAGAACCUGACCUUCGUUUAGUUUGUCUUGUCUGCUCAUCAAUACGGUAGUGUUACCUUUAUCAGAUUUCUUAAGAAUAAUACUUUUGUUGCGCGAUAACUCCGGCUUUGAGAGCUUGGUGCUCUCUCAUAGAUAUAUGAUCUUUUGGCUUGUCAAAUUGGAUACUUGCGAGCUCUAAUUUUACUUCCUCUACGAAGGUCUCCAGAGCUACAGAUGGCUGGACUGUUGAUUCCCAGUUUGACUUAAUGUGGAAAGGAUAAGGUUCGUUUUGCGAUUCGGGAGGUGGUGGGGGAGGGGGACUGGGAUAGGUAGCCAAAGAGUAACAAUUUCAAGCAUCCACACGAUUUUUAGUGAGCAUUAGAGCGAUAAUAUAACUGAGAAAUAAAUUAUACAUUACUCAGUGAUUUCUGUACCAUAUACCGAAUACCUAAAAUUCAGGAAAAACUGAAUACUUUAUACCCGAAUUUUGACCCCAAAAUACCAUAUACCUGAAUUAAAAUGGCCCGGGAUACCGUAUACCCAAAACCCCUGGCCGGGCCUGUUUUAUAAACAGACCGCGCUCAACAAAACUUGCAAUUGGAAUGCUCAACGAGCCGUGAAGCCUGACAUCAAAAGACGGACUUCGCGCUGAUCGAGCUAAAAUCAGGACGCACAAUAACAAGAGAAACAAUAACUUCAUGAUCUUCCAAAAAUCAAGGUUGAAACUAAUAAACAAUUUGUUUGAGAAUCGCCUUAUAAACUAAACCCAGUUAUUACUUUGGAUCGAAAUUGACCAAUUACGAAACAACGCGUUUUCCUGAGAGGUCCGCUGGAAAAAGAAGCCAUUUAAAAGACGUUUACCUCUGCUAGGUUAGAAGCGAAAAAAUAUUUUACAAUUGUAACGACUAAUGCUUCAUUCUGUCUAUUUAUCUGCGCGUUUGUCUUUGCCAGUAACUCUGGUCAUUUUCGAAUUAACGAUUUUUUGCUAUUUUUCACUCCGUUACUUUUGUUAAAUUAUUUUUUGUUUAAUUUAUUUUUAUUCUUGCAAAAAAGUGGGGGGGCUAAAGCCCCCCCAGCCCCUCCCUCUGCGCGGUCCCUGUCUUAUUGGUUCAAAUCUUGAAUUAAAAUGAAAACGCCGUCCGUUUUGCGAACUACCUUUAUAAAAAAUCAUUACAAAUCGGCAAAAUGUCCUUGAAACUCUUUACCAAACAGUUUUGCAAGUAAGUUCAAAAAACCCAAAAUAAGCGACGACUUGCUGAAUUCUUCGCCUUUUUUACUUGGAGCUUCGGUGUAAAACUUUGACAGACUUUCAUCAUUGUUUGUCGUCCAUUUCUUGUAGCUCAGGUAAGCGUGGCCUUUUUUGAGCACUCCAUUCUAUGACAAAAAGUGUAGUUUUUAAAUCAUUUACGAAAUGUUUUAAUUUCUUUAAGACUACUAUUCCACAUAAAUGUAAGCGAAACUGCUUAAUAAAGCGUCAAUUUACAAUAUUUAAACAGAUCAGAGUAACGCAGUAACGAGUAACGAGUAACGGAGUAACGAGAAAACGAGUAACGGGAUAAAAAUUCAAGAGGUUAAAAAAAUUAAAAAUAACUCCUAAUGAAAGAACAAACAUAAAAAUGGUUGCAAUAUCCUAAUAAUGACCUUUACUAAUCUCGAAAAAUAUGUGUAUUCUAAAAAGUGCUUAAAACAACGACGUCAACCUCUCCCACCCCUCCCUCCAGCAAAGUCGAAGGUAUUUUAACGCCGAAAAGUCACCUGACUAUCGAGGAGCAAUCGUCAGAGGAAGGUAAGCUACAGAUUUUCUUUCUUAUUGCCAAAAUUAUUUCAUUUCUUAUAAUAAUAAUAAUAAUAAUAAGAAGAAGAAGAAGAAGAAGAAGAAGAAGAAGAAAGUUCUUUUCACGGACGGCCUGUGUCACAUAA